UCAUAGGGGCCGUGGAAACGUUUUGCUGCUAUCUCUCCUCUUCGCACACCCCGCAGUCCGAAGCCCAGCAGGCCAUCACCAAUUCGCCAUUCGCCAGCCGAUCCGCCUCGCGUUCCCAGUUGCCACCCCUGUUCUCGAUCUUCUCGUCUCCUCCGCGACGCCAAAACGGCGAAACCCUAGGCGGGUAGGCAUGGCCAAGGAUCAGAACGGCUCGGCACCUGCCCCAGAUGAUGGUGCGGGCAAGGAGGCGGCGCGCAGCGACAGCAAAUCCCUAGAAGCCGAGGAGGAGGAAAGUUCGAAGGGGAGCCGAGACCGGGGCCACCGUGGCAAAUCAAAGAGGCGUCAGGAGGAUAGCGAGAGCUCCGGCGAGGACUCGGGCGAGCGGCGGAAGAGGCGGAGGAAGGAGAAGGAGCGGCGGCGGCGGCACAGGAGGAGGAGCCGCAGUGAGAGCUCGGGAUCGUCGUCUGAGUCGGAGUCCGAAUCUUCGUACUCUGGUUCCAGCGCCGAGUCGGAGAGCGAGUCGGAGUCGGAGGAGGACAGGCGAAGGAGGCGGCGGCGGAGGAGGAAGGAGAAGGAAGAGGAGGAGAGGAGGCGGAGGAGGAAGGAGAAGGAGAAGAGGAAGAGGAAGGAGAAGGAGAGGCAUAAGAAGGAAAAGGAUAAGAAGAAGCGGAGGAAGGAUGAGAAGAAGGAUUUGGGGAAGAAGGCUGCAGUUACCAACUCGUGGGGCAAGUAUGGCAUCAUCCGUGAGGUUGAUAUGUGGAACAAGCGACCAGAGUUCACUGCAUGGUUGUUAGAAGUCAAGCAGGUCAAUUUGGAGGCAUUGUCUAAUUGGGAAGAGAAACAAAUGUUUAAGGAAUUUAUGGAAGACCACAAUACAGCCACUUUUCCAUCAAAAAAAUAUUAUGACUUAGAUGCUUACCAUCACCGAAUGAUGGAGAAAGAGAGAAAGGAUGGUUUAAAGAAUGCUGGUGUGGUAGCAGUGCGCACAAUAUUUAAUGACGAGGAACAGCGACGGAUAGAACUGUUGAGGGAACGUGAACGCCGAAAGGAGGAAGAAGUGACAGCUCUAAAACGCUCCAUGCAAACUGGAAUGGCUCAAGCAAUGAAGGAGCAGGCCCUCCUGCGUGAGGAAAUGAUGUACCAGUACAAGUUGGGGAAUUUUGAGGCCGCAGCUGCAAUCCAGAAAAGGUUGGAUCCUGACGCUCCUCCGCAGUAGGCGGCUUGUGGACAUUCCAAUUCCCUGCGGUUAUUCCCGUUAGAUCUUCAUGAGCACUGUAGAGUGAGCAACUUACCGUGAUGCAUGUACCGCUGUUUAAUAGCACAAGAAUUUUGCCGUUUUGGCUUGGAAAAUGCUGGUAUUGUAGCUGUAUAAUUUAUUUAUUUUUGAAAGCGGUUUCACGUGCUGCUAUAUGCAUCAGCUAGUACAGCGAGGCGUAAGAAACAUUUUCUGCUGCUGUUCAGCA